AUGCAAGAGAUUAGUGAGCGUUGCAUGUUUUCUGGAGGAUCAGUGCAAUUAAAUUUUGCUAAAGAAAUAUGUGUGAAGCUCCCGUUGAGCCUCUGGAAUGUCUUGGUCAACAAGAGUGGGAGACAUUUCUUCGAAAUCUACAACAUACUUCUAAAUCGAGAGAAAUUUGUCAUCCAAGCGGCUGCCAUCAAAUGCGCUUUGAAAAAGGUGAGCACAAGUAUUAACAAUGUUUCACCGGAUUUUGAGCUAUGUAGGCCUCGUGCUUCAAAGUGCCUGAAAAGUGCAGAAAAUGGAUUUCUUGAGAGUCUGAGGACGCAAUAUACUUUGAUGAGAUUUACGAUGGUGAGAGUGGCAGAGCUUGGAGUAUGA